GGUGCUCCAAGAUGGUCAGUGUGGAGAGGCAGUCACCGCCACCGGAAAGGCUGAGGACCCACCAGUCAUGCCCUGAAGGCCAAACGUUACCGUCUGAGUGACCACACUAUGGCAAGGGGAGCAAAGUCCAAAGCAAAGGAUGAGGGGAUCUAGGCAAACAUUCUUUAAUUUAUUCUGCAUCCUCUGGCUCCCGAUUCUGCUGAAGGCUGCCUCUUCCUCCCCUCUCCCCCGUGGAAAUGACCCACCGACUGCUUCACUCUCCUCCGGGCUGUACAAAGGACACACCUGCGUCGGAUGUGUGCUUGUGGUGUCUGUAAUUGAACAGCUUGCACAGUGGCACAACAGUACAGUCAAGGCAGCCAUGGAGAGACUGUGCAACUACAUACCUGAAAAACUGCAAGGCUUCUGUUACGUACUUGCUGAACUCUACGGACCACACAUAGCUGAACUCAUAGACAGGGAAAUGAAUGCCGAUGUGGUCUGCCAUUCCUUGAAACUGUGUAAAGAGGAUCCAGGACAACCACUUUGUCAUCUCUAUGCUCCUCCAAAGGUGGGACUGAGUGCUGCAAUAAAGAAAGCAAAAAGCAUUAUGAAGACUUCUAAGGAUCUGAAAAGCUUCAUGGGGUUCUCAAGUGUAUGUGCAUUUCCUCUUCUGGCUAACCUGUGUGAGAAGAUUAAAUAUGUUAUGAGAAAUAAACUGCCUUUUGAAGAUUUUGAUGGAGAUAAAUUUAGUACUUUCCCGACAUUGAGGGGCUAUCACUGGCGAGGCAGAGACUGCAACGACAAAAACACCACUGUGUACCCUGGCAGACGUCCUGAUAAUUGGGAUGUGAAAAGUGACUCUAACUGCAAUGGCAUAUGGGGUGUGGAUCCAAAAGAUGGAAUUCCCUACGAGGAGAAAUUCUGCAAAGGUGCAGACUCACAAGGGGUCGUGCUGUUGGGAGACUCAGCCGGCGCUCACUUCCACAUCCCUCCCGAGUGGAUGACUGUCACGCAGAUGUCAGCGAAAUCAUUUGCUAAUCUCCCAAUGGCUUUCACCGACGAACUUGACUGGCCCCAGUUCUCAGAGAUCACUGGAUUUCUGAACUCCACCAUCGGAGGCUGGACAGACUCUCUGUAUCUACGUUUACGCAGGAGAAAUCGCUGUAAUCACAGAGACUUACAGAACAUAUCCCAAAAUGGUGGUUCUUCAGGAAACCUCCUCUAUUUAAUAAAAAGCUUGGCCAGAAACCAGCUGUUGGACAAUCCAGCCAUAGUUAUCUAUGCUACGAUUGGGAAUGAUGUCUGCAAUGGGAACCGUGACACGCUGGCUCACAUGACUACACCCAAAGAAAUGGUCUCCAACGUGAUGCAAGCUCUGCGAUAUCUGGACUCCCAUCUUCCAAACAGCAGCCACGUGAUUUUAACAGGCCUGGUAGAUGGCCGCUUUCUCUGGGAUAACCUGCAUGACAGAUACCAUCCUCUAGGGCAGCUGAACAGGGACAUCACAUACAGUCAAAUUUAUUCUUUCCUCGACUGCCUCCAGGUGAGCCCCUGCAGCGGCUGGCUGACCCCCAACGAAACCCUCAGGAAUUUGACCUCAGAGAGAGCUUUACAACUUUCCAAUGUCCUGAAAGAAAUAGCAAGAUCUGAGAAAUUUGCCAACUUUGAUAUUUUCUACAUGGAUUUCCCACUGAGACAAACGGCCGAGGAGUGGCACAAGAUGGGAGGUGAGCCCUGGCAGCUGAUCGAACCAGUCGAUGGCUUCCACCCCAGCCAGAUUGCUGCAGCCCUUGGAACAAGAAUUACCUGGCAGAAGGCGCUACAUGAAUGGCCUCAAGUGCUUGGAAGGGAGAAUCCAUUCAACGACCAGAUUGAAGCUAUAUUCAAAGAUCAAGGUGGACACUGACUUCCAAACUACCAGAGCCCUGACAUGGUUUACGGUGAUGCUUCCCAGUGCAUUGCACAAAACAAGAUGAUUAACAACACACACAAAAAAAGGAGGAGGGCAAGUUAUCGGAGCCAGUAGCAGCAGACAUAACACAACAGCAUUCUUUUUGGUUUGUAUCUCACCUGCACUAGUAUGCUAUGCUUUUUCUGUGGAGCAACAAAAAUAAAAAUCAAAGGAUACCUGCCAGCUA